AUGGACGCGGGCUCGGAGAAACCAGCCAGUACAAAGGUACCACCAAAGAACAAGAAGAUGGCGCCAUCAAGACCUCAGAAAGCAUCCAGCAAAGCUGCAACCAGUAAGCAUGGGAACGAAAUAUCUGAAGGAAUGGCCAAAGCCCUCGAACUUGCUAGGGCCUUGCUAGACGAGGACGAGGACGACGAGGACGACGACGACAAGGACAACAACGAUGCUGAGGUGAUCGAAGCGCCUGAAGAGCCAGGCAACGUUGCUAGCAAUCCGACAGCAAAGCUUCCUUCCAAUCUACGAAAGAGAAAAGUGGUUCAGGACCUAGAGAAAGAUGUAUCAGAAGACAGCGGUCAGAUGGAUUUGGACGACGAUGAUCAAACUGUUCCAACGAAUGAGCCUCUUAACAAGCGCAGGCGUAAGAGGAAAAGUAAGAAAGCGACAGACACAGUGCCCAUCGAUGCUGAAGAAGAAGAGCAGCGAGAUGCGCGGGAUCUGGGACUUCCGUCUAAGUUUCAUAUAGUGCGAUCAACGCUGACUGAGGAAGCGGCAAACAGCGCGAGUAUGGAGAAAAGUCCAAAGAGAAGUGACAACACUAUCAUCAUUGCGCGAAGGAGGAGACUGAAGAAAUCUAAUUUGGAGGUAUUGGUAUGGGAUGACGGGGAGCUGGAGUGGAUGAGGAAGACAUAUGCUACGAAGUUGUACAAGAAGACCGUUGAGAGAUACGAUGAAGUCGAAAAGGAUGAUUGGAGAGAUGUGGCUGUAGAUGGCUGGGAUCAGGUGAGGGUUCUGAACAAGGUCGUGCUGAUCGAUAACCCAGUCACCCAUUUACCCACAGCCAAAACGGAGGUCACUAGGCGCUUCAAAGGCAACGACGGUAUUGCCUCAUCAGUGAUACUCCAAUACAUCUUGAAGAAAGUCUCUGAGCCCAGCUCUUGGCUACCCACACCAAUGGCUGGCAGUUACCAGUACGCAACAGCCGAAGAUGAAGCGACAGCGAGAAGCUGGAAGCCGAAGUCCGCCCAGAAUUUCGUUGAUGUCAUUUUGAAAAGAAAGAUCAAGGGCAGCAAGUCUUAUGAAAAGGCUGACGAGAUCUUGAACGGCGUAGACGUGGUAUGGCGCUAUUCUUCGGACAAGAUUCGAUUUGUCGGGGCAAACGAGAAUCCACCAUCACCAUCAACAGGCAUGACGCGGCGUAUCAAGCUGAUGGACAUAUGGGCCAUCUUCCUCGAAAGGUUCCACAUUUGGCAAAACGGUAACGAUGAUGGCGGCCCCCUGUCGACCACAGUAGAUGUGAUCCUGUCGCAAACUAAAGCCGAACGAAAGGAACUUGGGCGUCGCAUGAUAACCGAUAGCCCGCACAUUGCCAGGCUAGACUCAUGGCCUUAUCUGCUUGCACUGGUCUUACUUACGAAGGACGAGGCGGAAGGCGCGGAAUCUGAGGCAUCACUUACGCCUUCUGAUGCUCGCUUCAGGGACGCUGUUCAUACCUGCAUGACCCAGUAUCAGGAGGAAACCGGAACAGAUUAUCCUCAAGCCGUACAUAUGUUCUAUCUGCUACAGCAACUCCUGCAAGCAGACAAUGUUCGCGAGAAAAUUGAUAAAGAGGCGCUAGACAACCCUCUCGCUAACCGAUCCGAUGUCGAUAGUGGACAACGUAGCGACUCUGGACAUGACGAGGGUGCUGACACGGUUGGAAGUGGAGAUGACGCUGCAGCGACUGAGCAGCCACUGGCGAAGAAGUCGAUAUCCAAGAAGACUGGUGUUCGCUGA